UCACUUUGUCUUCGUAACAUCUAUAACCGGUUUGGUUCCACGCUGGUAUUCGUGUACAUAUACACAUUCAGAGAAACCGACUGGGAAGCAUUUACUCAACAACUAGAUCUGUUUGAGAACAUUACUGCAAACGUUGGCGCAUUUACGAAAUGUGUAUAGAUAACCUGCGCGGACAAUUCGGGUCCAAGCUGGUACUGCUUGAGAUUCUCUCAUUCCACGACCAGGAUUGGGAGAACUAUAUGGAACACAUGGAAGACUACGAUGACUUACGAUCUGAACUAGCUACGUCGCUUGGGGAGGUGGACCAGUCUAUUUCUCAAAUGAAGCGUUUCCAGUCGCACACACGCAUGAACAUAGUGCGCGACUGGUACGUCAUUCAGAGCAACAACAAAUACAUCAGCUACUACUCGCUAGUGCAGUGUUUCGUCAUAGUUAUCUGCUCUUUGUCGCAAGUCUACAUGCUGCGGCGCUUCUUCAGGACGGUACCGGUUACGCCAAACUCAAAGCCACGUGCUUAAUAAAUUAUAAUAAAUUAUUGUUUCUUAA